CAAGGGAUGCUAAAGGUUGGGCUGAAUUAUAUCAGCCCUGCUGUGGGCCCCACUACCAAUUUGGAUACAACAGGGACAAGGACAAGAGCAAAUUCUGUGAUGGAUGAUUUAGAGGAAGGCGUCCUGGGAGCCACACAAGGUAAGAUAUCUCCGAAGAGGCCACAUCUACAGGGACAAACAGAAACAACCAAUCCGCUUAUUUUGGAAAUCCCUCCCGAGACUGAGACGUGGGUCAAUGAUGCAAUCUCCUGCACUGGAAUCAGUGAAUUUGUCGACCACAACAAGAUUCCCAAGUUGGAUGAGCAGCAAGAUGCUCAUGAACCGCUCAUUGGCAAGUCUACUAAAGAGCUAAAGAAGUUGGCAAGGGAGGGGCAUUGGGCUAGAAGUCACGUCCUAAGGGCACAGGCUUACCAGCACAUUAUCCAGGACAUACCAUGUCGACUCAUGACCCCUGAUGCCCCAGUCUACAGAGAUGUUGCUGGCAAGCUGUUUGAAAACCAGAGCGAGAACUUUCACCCUCUGCCUGAAUUCCUAGCAGGGAGCCUCAUGCCUGAAUACUGCCUCACUACAGAAGGAGUAACUGCUAUGAAAAAGAUACUCAUCUGCAUUGCCAACAUGUCUCCGGACAUCACCUACUGCCCUUUGCUGCCAGUGGUGGUUGCCCUGCUCCUUCAUUACAACCAAGAGGAAGCCCAGUGCUUUGAGAAUACCUGCCGACUCCUCUAUUGCAACGCUUCCCAUACCUCCUACAUAGACUACUCCUUCCUCAGUCACAAGGCCUCCUGCAUGACCUUUGGGGACUUAGCCAACAAGCAUUGCCCUGCCGCCCAUCGACUCCUAGCCAGCUCAGCAGACAACAUUUUUGAGGUGUAUUCUGAGUGGCUGGUAUGGCUGUUUGAUGACCUUCCGUUUGAUUAUGUCAUCCGUAUAUUUGAUGUGUAUCUUCUGGAGGGGCAGAAAGUCCUCUACCGGAUUGCUCUGGCCUUGCUGAAGCAGUACCAGGUCUCAGUAAGUUCUAAAGGGCUGGAUGUGGCUGAUGUCAAGGGGAGCUUGCAGGCUUUUAUGUGGGAGAUCCGUGAGCACAUGACUGCAGAAAAACUUUUAGAGAAGGCGUUUGGCAUCCGGCUGUUCUCUCGCAAAGAAAUCUGGCUCCUUCAAAUGGCUAACAGGAAGGCCCUGGUGGAGAAAGGAGUAACCAUGGUGCAGCACAGGCAAUCAUUCCACCUUACUGUGAACACUCUUAAUUUCACUUCUGCUAUUGUCACUGCUCAGGAGAUGCGCAUUGUAUGGUCCUGGAUCCCUGAACGAUUCUCUUUGUUUUCACCUGUUCUGUUAUUCUCAACUUCUGAAGAUGGGUACAGCUUGAAAAGGCUUUAUUCCUGCUGUGAAGGCUACGAACCAACAGUACUGCUGUUAAAAACCACAGUGGGGGAAGUGUGUGGCGCAUUUCUCUCCUCAGACUGGAGUGAAAGGAAAAAAAGCGGGGGAGGAUCAAGCUUCUUCGGUACAGGAGAAUGUUUUGUUUUCACAGUGCGCCCUGAAAUGGAACGAUAUGAAUGGGUGUUCAUCAAGAAGCCAGAACAGGCCAAAGCCAUGCCUCGUUCUCCACGUCAACGUUCUCCAUCUCCGUUCUCUCCUGAAGGUCGCACAACCACCUCGAACCACCUCACUGUACCAAAGUUAGAUAUGAUUAAAUACCGCCUCUCUCCUUUCCUGGCGACUAGACACUUCAAGUUGCCUUCCAAAACAGCCUCUAUGUUCAUGUCCGGGACUCGGGAAGGAAUUAUCAUCGGUGGUGGAGGAGGCCAGGCUCUGUUCAUUGAUGCUGACCUGCACCAUGGGAGAACAGAACAUUGUGAAACGUUUGAUAACCCUCCUCUCUGCCAAGAAAACUUUCAGGUGCAGCUCUUAGAAGUCUGGGGGUUUCAAAAUUCCUGAUGAUACUCUCUAUGCCAUCAGAAGAGAGAGCCUAUUUCAGAUCCUUCUGAAGAGAUACAGCAUUUCAGACUGAGUUUCCUCUCCACAGCACUGGGCAUUACAGCGGCAAUGAAAUAAAAGACGUCAGAUGAGAUACUUGGAUUUUGAACGAUGCCCCUACAGGACACCUGAGAUUUCAUUUGAUGCCGUGUGUCCUACUGGCGAUCUCUAGUUUGCUUUUGUGUUAUUAUGUACAAUGUAUAAAAGUGGAAAUGGGGGGAGGGGGGAAACACCUGAAAACAACUAAAGGAAUAGACUUUACUUGCAA